CACACACACACACACACGCUCAUUCUCUCUCUCUCUCUCUCUCUCUCUCUCUCUGUCUCUGUGGUAUUAUUCUGAGUCAGCCGGUGGGGAGCUGUGGUUUGUUGUUUGUUGUCCAGCCAGCUGUAUGGGGCAGUAGUAGUGACUGAUCUCCUCUCCAUGGCCUGUCGUCCCUCUGGCUCUGGCUCGUACACCGUCGUGAUCAUCCCCCUUAGGACCAGCCUCUACAGCCUGGACGCUCUUCGCUUCUACCUAUGGAUUAAGCGUUUGAAGGAUCUAGAACAGGAGAAAGACGCCCUGUGCUCAGGUCUGGAGAUCCUGGAGAAGACUCGUCUCUGGUACCUCCAGCGGCUAGAGGAGAACAGAGCCAGGCAGUUCAACACUGAGGCCAAAAGUGGGGCCGGCUGCAGCAUGGACAGUGCAUCAGAGGCUCGGUCUUGCCUCCUCAGGUCUCUUAUCCAGCGGGUGAAUGGCUCCCUGGGCUCUGUGAUGAGCGAGCCCAAUGUCACCAGCAGCAGUAUCCCUUCUCUGCCUGAGGCAGUGGCAGACAGCGACCUCCGGUGGCACAACACAAUAUUGACUCAGGAAGUGAGUAACAAGAAUCAUCAGAUCUCCAUGUUAGAGCUGGAAAAAGAUGCUCUGCUUGAACAGCUUGAUGAGCUCCAAGCCCAUUGACUGCACACACACACACACACACACACACACACAGGCAAACACAUGGGCUGUACUGCAAACGUAUAUUUCACCCAAUGUGACACAGUUACUAAUUUUUAACCUCUUGUAAAUAUGUAUUUAAAUGAAUAAAUUCCAGUAAAUGAUG